CAUGAUGGAGAAUCGGCCACCCCUCACAUCACCGGAUGGACCCGGUAACAGAAAUCCAUCACAGAGAUGUCCCCAUCCUCUGUUUUCUUGGGAUUCCACUCAGGAACACCAUAAGAUCCCUCAAAAUGAUAAAGCGAAGGAAGAGGGCAGGAAUGAACCUGAUGAGAUGGAGGACUUAAACAUUGUGGUGGUUGAACACCUUGAUGAUCAAGAAGAUCUUUACAUGAAGAUAAAGGAGGAGGAAGUUCCUUCAGAGAUCAGCACAGGUCUUAAAAUGGGUGAUGAGAUCAGGAGUGAUGGGUCUUAUGGAACAACCACAAGCAGCCAACAUGUCAACAUUGCAGUCUCCAAAGGCGAUAAGGCCACAUGUCUACCAAAACUGCCAAACCCUGCUCGGGAAGGUAGGGAAGUCAUAAAACGAAGGACUAAGCACUCAGAAGAGAGACCAUUCGUCUGUGCCUCCUGCGGUAAGCACUUUAACUUCAAGUCAGUCUUCAUUAACCAUCAGAGGAUUCACACUGGAGAGAAACCAUACCAGUGCGCCGAUUGUGGCAAAUGUUUCAGCCAGAAGGGAAGCAUGGUGGAACACCAGAAAAUCCACAAAGGAGAGAAGCCCUUUGUUUGCCCCGAUUGUGGCAAGAGCUUCAUCCAGAGGGCCAACUUGUACCACCACCAAAAGAACCACAUGAACGAGAAACCUUAUCCAUGCUCUGAAUGUGGCAAGCGCUUUAUCAACAGCUCCCGGUUGGCGGCACAUCAGAAGAUCCACUCCGGCUACAAGCCAUUCAGCUGCCCCGACUGCGGGAAGAGUUUCCUAAAGAACGCCAACCUUGUCAUCCACCAGAGAGUUCACACCGGGGAAAAACCCUUCAUGUGUUCCGAAUGCGGAAAAUGCUUUAUCAAAAACUCCAACCUGGUCACCCAUAUGAGGGUUCACACAGGGGAAAAACCUUUUCGGUGUAUGAAAUGUGGAUGGUGUUUUAGCCAGAGUUCUGUCCUGGUAAGGCACCAGAAGACCCAUGGAGACUCAGGGGAACUGGUAAAAGUCAAAGUUUCGAUUUAGAAAGUGAAUGAGCCUCUCCAGGAAAGACUUUAACUUUUUCCACUUACUGAUGUACAGUUUCUUAAAAAAAUAUAUCAAGGGCUUGUUGUGUGAGCCUCUAUUGUGGACUUAAAUGCAGUUAUAGUUUGAUAGUUUUCUUGAAAUCUGUAGCCUUCCAUUGGUCUGUUGAGUGGGACUGACCCUGUCUAGAAGUAGGUUUGUAAGUUAUGGAGUUGAUGGAUAAAAAUCAUUCCAAAAUUUC